GAUGCUUACAGGGAACUUGCCGAAAAAGUAUAUUAAAGAUCCACUCAAUAGGAAUGUUGUGUAUGGUUGGGGCGGUUGGACUCCGUCACCUGUCGUUCAAAAGCAGUGGGCUGAGUGGCUAGACAACUACAAGAAGACACUGAACUCAACGAAAGGGAAAGAAGACGUGUACGACCCAGAGGCCGGCGGGUCCAGUCUUUGGAAAGAUUUGGGUCCUGGUAGUUCUGAUUUAGCUCCACCGUGGUCCUACGCCCCCCGUAAUAUCGGCCUACCCGACUACUGCUAUCAAAUACCAGAACGAGGGUAUUGUGAAAAAAACAUAAUCAGGUGGGCGUUUAACCCGUUUCGUAACGAAUGCGUGAAGUUCAUAUACAGCGGCUGCGGCGAAAACCAAAAUAACUUUUCAGAGAAACUUCGCUGCGAGCAGAGUUGCAUGAAUCCCCCAAUAUUUGGUUGUGAAAUGGAUCCCGAAAUCUACGACACCGGAUUCCAAUCUAGAAAAUGUAAUUAAAACGUGCAUUUUAAACCAAUUUCCGUUGUAAGCAUUUUAAAUAAAAACAUUUGUCUUCAUUGUUGUUUUUACAAAUAAAAUUUAAAACACAA